GGGUAUAUUGGAUUUCACUACCUAAAAGGGAGAAGGGACUGUGAGGAGAGAGCAUCGUCCUAGCCAGGUUGGAAAGAUGGGGAAAGAUGACAAAGGAGAACAUUGACGUCCCUCUUGCCCUGUCUCAGCGCAGCCCUCUGUGCUCCUCAGGUAUAUACUUUGCUCUGUGUCUGACCUUGAUGGUAACCAGUGUGCUGGAGUCCAUCCUCCUCACCUAUCUCUUGCACACGGUCACUAUACAGCCCCCUCCCAUGCCCCGCUGGCUCUAUUCCCUUGUGCUGAGAUACAUCAGAGCCACAGAAUGCUGUACCACUAGGUCGCAGACAGAAGACAGGGGCACUGCACCCAGCGCCAUCCACCCGGCAGAUCUAAGGGACCUGGAGGCAAUGGCAGACCCAGGUAAGGCUGAGCUGAAUGGUGACCCACAAUCCUCAGGGGCAGAGCCACAGCAGCAGCUCCAGAGGCCCAGGAGCACAGACAUGUGGGUGAAGUUCAGCCUCGUUCUGGACACGAUGCUCUUUUGGCUUUAUCUGCUGUUCAUGGCCUCAUCGUUAAUCACGGUCAUUGUCCUCUGGAGAACCUAGAAAGGGGCUUCUCCCUCCCCUGUCAACGUGCUUCCACCUCCAGCUCUCCUCCGGCAGCCAGUCGGGGCCCAUCCCUAACAACUUUCCAAGUUGCCUCAGUCUAUGCCUCCCCCUUCUCCACCCCGCCCGGCUCCUCUCAGAAGACUUCUGUCCACUCCUGAACAAGGCUGCUCGCACCCACCCUUCCCAGCUCCCCCCAGCAGCUCUCCUGUCUGCCUCCAAUCCCCUUAUUGCUCAGGCUUCCCCCCACUGGUGACAAUCUCCCACCCUCCCUAAGUUUUUGCAAUGAGUCGCUUUGCAGGGAGGCCCAACCCUUUCAUAGCACAAAUGACACAAGCAGCAGCAAGAGACGGCUUUUUACCCAGGUGACAAUAAUGUCCCAACAAACCACUCUGGAGCUGCGAGAACUCGCCUCAGUACCACGGCCACCCGCCGGCCCAGGGGACAGAGAGGUCGUGGCCUUGGGGUCCCCGGGAAACAUAUACAGUCAUCGGAGAAAUUUGUCUGGUUUGACUACGCAGAUUUGUUGCCAAAAAUAGGUGUUUCGGGGGCAGCUGGGGGCGCAGUGGAGAGAGAGCACCAGCCCUGAAGUCGGGAGGACCUGAGUUCA